AUGCAUAUCCUGAGGGAGCUAAGAGCAACCUUUCCGGAGGCGUCCCCGGACGCCAAGGAUGAGCAGAACAACCCCGGGGGCCGGUUGGCCAACACCCGGCCGGCCCCAGGUGGGCCUUUGACAGGAGGGCCGUGGCCGUGGCGUGCCGACGCGGGGGUUGCCCGGGGUACCCCCUGGUUCAUCCGCAGGAUCUCCGCCAUCAUAGACCAGCAGAACGAUUCCUUCACUCCAUCUGGUCGUUUGCUAUUUCUCGCUUCUUUCGAUCAUGUCUUGCUACGAUAUCGCAUUGCUUCCUCCUUUGCUCUUCGCUCCAACGCCCUCGCUAAUUGUGUACCGCCAUGGACCAACAGCGCUGCCGCUGAUAUUUUGUCGGUUCAACAGAACCGCCCCUUGUCGAUGAGGUCCACCAUCGAAUUCGAGUACUUCUACCCGAGCAGGUACUCGAGGUCCGAAAUCAACUACUUCGCCGCGCUCGCCGCCUGUCUCCCCGAGGAGCCCGACGUCGACUGGGCCAAGGUCGCCGAGCUUGCCGAGAUGGGCUCCAAGACCUGGGCCCGGCGGCACUACUGGACCCUCGCCGCCAAGCACGAUUGGCUCUCGAAGCGUCGAAGCUCCCUCGUCUUCGACGAACGCGGCCAGCCGAUCACUCAGCGCAAGUAUCGCCCCGAUCGUCAGCUUGCCAUCCGGGGCGUGUUGCGUCGAUCCGCGCCUCUUCCGAUUCCUGAGCGACGACCUGAGGUUAUCUAUCAGUCGAUUGAGACCGAUGAGCCGGCCCCGGCCCCGGCCCCGGCCACCACCAUUGUCGUCGAGGGUUUUGUUAAGCGCAAUCAGGACAUCGAUAUGAAGAUCAAGGCUGAUGCUGAGAACGAUAUGAUUUUCAGCAUGGAGCUCGACGAGGACGACGAGUGA